AUGCGCUACCCUACGAGCUUGAUUCUAUGUUUGGUUGCGUUCCUCGAUGGGAUAUCCGCCUAUCCUGGUCCUCCUGGUCCAGCAACAAGGCCACAUUCCCUAAAGCGGCUUUCAGAGUACAAGUCGUCGACUGAAGAAUGCGACUCCGGCAAAGAUGUAACCAUCAAGGCACCGGUAAAGAAUAUUUUUCAGAGCCUUACAGAUGAAGAAUAUGCCCAUGUGACAGCGUAUCUCCAUGACCAGAAGGAGCUCAACCUGACAGCGGUAGUCAACUCCACCUCUUGGGAUAAUGUCAUCGUGUCUCUUGACCUGUUACAGCCGAACAAGACAGAUGCAUUGGCUUACCUUGACGGCCAUGGUCCUGCUCCAGUCCGCUAUGCGAGAGCAACUCUCCAGUUCAACUCAGAGGUGCAGCCCUACAUUCAAGAGUACAUGGUCGGGCCACUCCCGAUGCAGCAGGGCGUGGCGCAUCACGAGGAACUCAACUACAUGUUUACAACUGGCCGAGGCCGAAUUAACGUGUACAACGCUGAUACUGAAGAAAUCGCCGCUUUCAACCUCAAGAUUGGUGCUGGGAUAAAGGAUAUCACAGAGGAACUUCUCAAUGGCACCGCAACUGGUGCCAAGACGGAUAACCUGCUGAUCGCAGGCAGUGAUCCGCUAAUUCACCGCAACGAUAGGGUCUACCAGUGGAACGAGUUCUACUCUGCUCAUACUGGUGAAUUCUACUCUGAGACAGUUUUACCCACCAGUCUGCAGUUCAAGGUCGACCUCACCGGCCGAGAUCCAUCGAAGUGGAAGGUGGUAGGCUGGUACUAUGAUGGCAGCUUCUGGCCGACCACUGCCGCUUUUCGUAAGGGCAUCAAGACCUUGAAACGAAAGCCAGGUCCAGUCGUCGAUGGAUCGUGGACUUCUACUGAUCAACAAGGCGACAAAUUUCCACGUGAUCACUUAUUUCCCCCUGUUUCUGUCCAGCCAGAUGGCCCUCGGUUCAGAGUGGAUAGAGAGCAGAACUAUGUUGAAUGGAUGGACUUUAGCUUCUUCCUCUCAAAUCACAAAGAAACGGGUCUGCAGCUACACGAUGUCCGGUUCAAGGGUGAACGGAUCAUCUACGAAUUCGGCCUACAAGAGGCACUUGCUCAUUAUGCCUCACAAGAUCCCUUGCAUGCCUCAUCAGCUUAUCUUGACUCCUCAUACGGCAUAGGAACCAGCCAAUGGAACCUGGUCGAUGGGUUUGACUGUCCAUCGCAUGCUACCUAUCUCAACACAACGUUCUACAUCAGUGAGACUACACAUGUACAUCCCAAUAGUUUGUGCUUAUUCGAGUACGAUACUGGGUAUCCUAUCCAACGUCAUCUGACCAUGGACCAUGUCUCUGCUACCAAGAACAUUGUCUUUACCGUACGCAGCGUUUCAACGGUGGGCAACUAUGACUAUCUCUUUGAGUACACUUUCCAUUACGAUGGAUCUAUCGCCGUCACUGUUCGGGCUUCGGGCUAUAUCCAGGGAGCCUUUUGGUCCGGGGACGGUGAUUAUGGAUUUCAUAUUCAUGAUAAUCUGUCUGGAUCUAUGCAUGACCAUGUCAUCAACUUCAAGCUGGACCUGGACAUCAAGGGUAGAAAGAACAGUUUGAUGAAGACAGAGUUUGUACCACAUACUCAAGUCUACCCAUGGUCUGAUGGCCAGCCUAUCAACACCAUGAAGAUCAACCACUCGUACAUUGCUAGCGAGGAUGACGGCAAGAUUAACUGGGCACCAAAUGGAGCUACUUCGUAUUCAGUUGUUAAUAAGGACAAGUUAAAUGACUUUGGGGAGGCGCCUGGUUACUCCAUAACCCCAAAUAGUGGUAGCACUGCGCAUCUGACCGUCAAGUCAUCUUCGGCCCUAGGCCAAGCCGCCAACUGGGCCAACCAUAAUCUCUACGCCCUUCAGCACCACGACACUGAACCAAAGAGCGCAUAUGCCUUUAACAGCCACGACUUGCAUCACCCAGCUGUUGAUUUCAACAAGUUCUUCAACGGAGAAAGCUUGGAUCAGGAAGACAUCGUGCUAUAUUUUAAUCUCGGCAUGCAUCACCUCCCCAACACAGCCGACCUACCCAAUACAGUGACUACGAAAGCUGCUUCUUCCAUGAUGAUCUCUCCGCAGAAUUACUUUGCCGGUGACCUAUCACGACGGACUGUACAUCAAGUUCGAAUGUCAUUUGACAAGAACUCCAAUGUCACCGAGGUCAAGAGGUUCGGUGUGAAGCAGCCUACCUGCGCGAUUGAUAUGAACAGUGUGGCACCAGAUCUGAGCAAGUUUGUCGGGGAGAUCGAGAUUCCCAAGUUUCCUUGGAAUCCGAGCGGUAGUCUUCAGACCAACCCUGGUGGUUAA